CUAAAAUCCUCAACCUUUCUUUCUCCUCACUCUUCCUCAUCUACUUGUCCUUUUCUCCUUGACUUCCCUCCUCUUCUCCCCGUCCUGCCUUGCCUUUUCUACUCACGACAACUGUGCCCUUCUCUACCCUGGCCAUUUUGUCAUUUCUUCCUUGAUCACUUUGCUCUACCGGAGCCAAUGUACAUUACUUUCCUAGCGUGUAUUAGUACGCCAAUUUGCUGCUAAUUGCUUAUUCCCGUCAAUUUUUUCAGACCACGUCGCAUCUUAUUCCCUUCCCUUCGUACAGUCCCUGUUCGCACCCACCUUCACGUGUAAUCUAUCCCUACUAAGCACCAUGGGUAUUGGGAGCAUCAUUUAUUUCACCUUUCACCCAUCAGAACUGAGGUCAAUCGUUCAAUGGAAAGUCUGGCAUAACCCGGUUCAUGAACGCAACGAGAAGGAGGAGACGGAGACACAAAAGGCGUGCUUCAAGUUCCUGGACUUGACAAGCCGGAGUUUCAGUGCUGUGAUCAAGGAACUACAUCCAGAGCUGCUACUGCCGGUUUGCGUCUUUUAUCUGGCACUCCGUGGACUGGAUACCAUCGAGGAUGACACCUCUAUCCCGCUUGAAACCAAGGAGCCUCUGCUGCGCAACUUCAAAGACUUCUUAGAACAAGAUGGUUGGACCUUUGAUGGAAACCGCCCUGAGGAGAAGGACCGUGAACUGCUGGUUCAGUUUCACAAUGUCAUUACCGAGUUCAAGAACAUGAAGCCCGCCUACCAAGUUAUCAUCAAGGACAUCACCGAAAAAAUGGGUAAUGGUAUGGCUGAUUAUGCACGCAAAGCUGCCACGGAGGACGCAAGUGUCAAGACGGUUGCGGAAUACGAUCUUUACUGCUAUUAUGUAGCUGGCUUGGUGGGAGAAGGUCUGACUCGCCUCUUUGUGGAAGCAGAGUUUGGCAACCCUGCCUUGAUGAAGCGUACCCGUCUCCCCAAGUCUAUGGGUCUCUUCCUCCAGAAGACCAACAUUAUCCGCGAUGUUCGUGAAGAUGAAACUGAUGGUCGGCGGUUUUGGCCCAAGUCUAUCUGGUCUAAGCACGUUGACAGCUUUGAGGAUCUUUUCAAACCUGAACACCGAGAAGCCGCUCUCAACUGCAACUCUGAGAUGGUUUUAAACGCAUUGGAACAUGUUGAGGAAUGCCUCUUCUACCUUGCCGGUCUGCGCGAGCAGAGUGUAUUCAACUUUUGUGCUAUUCCUCAGUCUAUGGCAAUUGCUACAUUGGAACUCUGUUUCCGCAACCCUGCCAUGUUGGAGCGGAACAUCAAGAUUACCAAGGGAGAUGCUUGUCAGCUCAUGACCGAGUCAACACAAAAUCUUCGUGUCCUCUGCGAUGUCUUCCGCCGCUAUGUUCGUAAGAUCCACAAGAAGAACACUCCUAAGGACCCCAACUUCCUCAAAAUAAGCAUUGUUUGCGGACAGAUCGAGAAAUUUAUCGAGACCAUUUUCCCUUCACAGGAUGCGGAAGCUGCUCAGCGCCGUGUUGCAGGCACGGUAACUGAGGCCGAGGCUGAGAAAGCUCGGCAGGAUGCCGAGACCCGCAAGGACGUCAUGUUCAUGAUGGGACUGAUGCUUGCUAUCUGUAUAGUAGUCUCCCUUAUUAUGAUUUUCACUGCUUGGAUGCUUGGUGCUCGCUUCGACCUCGCCUGGCAGGAGCUGAGGAACGGCAAUUUUGCCGCCACGAAACCUUCCGUGGAGCACAGCGAGCUUUAACCAACUUUUACGAUGCUGAUCUAAUUGCUAAUUAUACCCAUUCUCCGGUGGCUCAUGCCUCGAUGUCUUAUGAUAUGUAUGCAGAUAUACCUAUUACUAAUACUACUUCGCCUUAUCGUCGCUUGCCGUUCAUCGAGCAACUCCAACUCAAUUGGGCAAAUUUUGCUAGCACGGAUGUCAAAUUGCAAUCCAGCCUUUCUAUGACUGUGGUUGUGCCGAAGAAGUGCUGAUAUCAACCGGAUUUUAUCCAACCAGCGAUGUACUAGAUUUGUGUCCCACAGCUUAUGCUGAGAUGGCACACGUCCAUUGAAGACCUGAAACAUACCGUAAAUAUCCAGUAGUUUCAUACAUGAAUAUAUUCUGCAAUUUACUCUAUUUGUUCCAUUCCUUAGCAAGUUUAACAUAGUUGGCAGGUGCCACUGUUCAGUACAAGUGAUUACCAACGAUUAGAAAUGAUUUAAAUCCGCUUGCCUCAAUUGGCUAACUGUGU